AUGCAUCUAACAGAUCGAGAAAUCCAGCUUUGUCAAACGCUCCGCGCCUUCCCCUACCAACAUUUUCUACGUUAUACUGGCCAAGCUAGCCAGGCGCUUCAGCGGACUCUCUUCACUUCGCUCGUUGCGAACAAUGAUGAAUACUUGCAGGCACUAUUUCAUGGCCGAGAGCCUGGGCCAGGGGAGGAAUGGAAUCUCUCGAAAGCACAAGGAUUGUCGGAAGAUAUGGAAUACACGGAAGCAGCGAGGGGAAAAGCUUGUGGACAUAUAUUCAAAGCGGGCGACUCAGUUUUUCGGUGCAAAACUUGCACAACGGAUGACACAGCGGUCCUUUGUACUCGCUGUUUCGAAGCUUCAGACCAUACAGGACACAUCGUGAAUCAGUCCAUCUCCAUGGGUAACACUGGCUGCUGUGACUGCGGAGAUGCUGAGGCUUGGAAAAUACCGGUGGAAUGCGCCAUUCAUACCGCUCACAAGUCGAAGAAGGCCGGAAAACAAGCCCAGGUGCCAGCCCUGCCAGAAGAGCUCUUGGAGUGUAUCAAAAUGACCAUUGGUCGCGCUUUAGAUUACGUGAUUGAUGUCAUAGCCUGCUCGCCUGAAAACCUGAGAUUACCCAAAACAGCUGAGACUAUUGAGCAAGACGAGAGCCAAUCACGACUAAGUUCUGCUUGGUAUGAUGAGCCCGAAGAUCCAAGCCCAGAAUACUCAUUAGUCCUCUGGAAUGAUGAAAAGCAUACUGUAAUCGAAGUAGAGCAACAGGUAGCUCGAGCUUGCAAACAGAAGCGCGCAUUUGGGCGGCAGCGCGCAGCUGAGGCCAACGAUUAUGGAAGGAGCGUUGUCGAACAUUCAGACAAUAUACCACGCCUCCUGAAGAUUGCAAAGAUCAUAGAGCAGAUCAAGAUCACGGUGACCAUACGUUCGUCUCGGGACACCUUCAGAGAACAGAUGUGUGGUACCAUAAUUGAAUGGCUCAACGAUAUCGCAGGAUGCAGUGUCGGUCCACAUCAUGAUAUCCUUACGCAGACUGUAUGUGAUGAACUACUCAAGCCGUGGCGUUUAGGAAGUACAGGAUCCAACAAGCACAUUGGUAAAGGCGGCCUGGACGACCAUGAGAUUGAAGAACACAGCAGCAGCAGUUUUCUUCGUCGGCAGCAGAUAUUACGAGGUUGGACUACGAGAUUGGCUCGAGAAGACAGCGAUACUGACUCUGUAAAUAAUGACGCGGAAGAAGACGACGAAGAAGAAGACGAAGAUUUCCAGCAUUCGGUCACUGAGGAGUCUGUGGGCGUCGAUCAGAUGGAUUUAGAUAUCAUGACCUCUGCAAAUACGGGUGCGAGCAGGGACCAGGAAAUGCGAGCGCCAAAUGACAUGGAAGAUGGCGCUGAGUUGUCUGAAGCCACAUUUGCUGGUUACCCUCCCCCACCACCUCCCCCACCACCUGCUCCUGUACAUCAACAUUCUCGGAACCUCUCUAUAGGAUCGCAGAUUAGUGGGUCUUUUGCAAACAUUUCCUUUGCACCUUUUACCUCAAAGACCAAUGUAUCCAUACCCUCGACCCCAAAGGUAGCUCGGAAAAAGACGCAACCGCGACCACCAGGAUACUGGCUGGAACAACCCGACCAAUUUGCACCAGGCGAUUCCAUGUCUGUUCAAGAAGAUCUACUUCGACGAAUUCGUCUCGAUUGGCUCCUACUAUAUGAUCUGCGACUCUGGAAAAAGAUCGCGAACCCGAUCUUUCAAUCAUCAAUCUCUCUGUACAAACAUUACACCACCCCUUCAGUGACACAGGAAGUUAUUGAACGCGGGAACUUUUUAACCACCUUGAUGUCUAUGUUAUACACCUUCUUAACUCAACGCGCCGUCUUGCAGCCGUGGCAAGUAUCCGUGGAUGAUUCAAUGGCAUCGGAGAAUAAUUCCGUGCACAAUAGGCGCAUGUAUCACUUUUUCGCCGAUCUGAAGUAUAUGUUUUGCGCGGAGUACGUCCAGAACGAGUUGCGGACGCAAGAAAGAUACCAACUUCAGUUUUUGGAUCUGAUCAGACUUCCUCAAGGCAUCUGCCCAAAUAUGAGGGCGGUCGGUGACCACGUAGAGUACGAAAAUGACAUCUGGAUAUCUGCUCAGAUCCUCACGAAAGAAGUCAAUAAGCUCGUACGACAAUUUUCCGAGAUAUUCAAGAUACAGGAAAGCCUCAAAGACCAUGAGAAUCUUUACCGCGCAAUACGAUUGGUCGCGAAAGCGGUCAUAAUCAAUUCAAUGGGGGAGAACGAGUCAGAUUUGAUCAGGCGGAGAUCAGACGUGAGACUCGCUUCAAAGAACUGGAACUGUACUACUUUGAGCGCGCUACCGACCCACUCAACAGUCAUUUGGUUGUGGAUUUUCUUGUGGAGACAGAGGCGAUCAGUUUUCAUCACCCACUCCAUUACAUGCUGUCCUGGCUAG